CAGCGCAAAGCAAACACACUUCUCACCAAUGACACUCUUUUUCCUGUAGAUUCUUCCUCUAUAGCUAGUUUGCCGUAUCUCUAUUAAUUUGACUCUUAGCUAGUGUCGGUGUCUCACAUAUUAUCUUUCAUUAACAAAGAUGGAGACAGAAAUGGAGAAGAAAAGGAGAGGUACACAAGGAGAAAACAACGAAGAGAAAUGGGUUCACGAUCUAUCUGUGGAUCAUAAAGGAAAAGUUCCUCUUCGUGCUUCAACUGGUGUAUGGAAGGCAGCCUUCUUUAUCAUCACAAUUGAGUUUAGUGAGAGAUUGGCCUACUUUGGGUUAGCAACAAAUCUGAUCUCAUACCUCACUAAAUUGAUGCAUCAAGACCUCAAAACAGCUGCCAAGAAUGUAAACUACUGGACUGGAGUAACAACAUUGAUGCCUCUACUUGGAGGGUUCCUGGCAGAUGCCUACACUGGAAGAUUCAAUAUGGUCAUGUUUUCGUCCCUCAUAUAUCUAAUGGGUUUGAGCCUCUUGACAAUGUCUAACUUCAUCCCAAGUCUAAAGCCAUGCAAUAAAAUGAUGUGUCUCCGGCCUAGGAAGAUUCAUGAGGUGGUAUUUUUUCUUGCCUUGUAUUGUAUCUCUGUUGGAACUGGAGGAAUCAAGCCAUCUCUAGAAAGCUUUGGAGCGGAUCAAUUCGAUGAUGAUCACUCGGAAGAAAGGAAGAAGAAGAUGUCUUACUUUAACUGGUGGAACUUCGCGCUUUGUUGUGGGCUAGUGCUUGGUGUAACAGUAAUUGCUUAUGUUGAAGACAAUGUGGGCUGGGGUGUUGCUAAUCUUAUUCUUGCUAUCGCCAUGGCCAUAACAAUAGUAACCUUCUAUUUGGGAAAGCCUUGGUACAGAUACAGAUUAUCAAAAGGGAGCACUUUAACACCCUUGUUGCAGGUCUUGGUUGCAGCUAUAAGAAAGAGAAAUUUACCAGCCCCAUCAGAUCCUGCUCUAUUGUAUGAAGUUCCCAUUACACACAAGUCUCAAGGAAGGCUUCUAUGUCAUACUAGUAGUCUCAGGUUUCUCGACCAGGCAGCAAUAAUUGAAGAGAAAGACAAAAUAUCAAUUGAGCAGAAUCCCUGGAGACUAACAACUGUGACAAAGGUAGAGGAGACAAAGCUUAUUUUGAACAUGAUCCCCAUAUGGCUAACAUCGUUAACAUUUGGAAUCUGCGUCGCACAAGGCCCAACAUUCUUCGUUAAACAAGCCGCUACAUUGAACCUAAAGGUUACUGACAACUUCAAGAUCCCACCAGCCUCCAUCAUUGCUCUUGGGGCUGCUGGAAUGUUAGUCUCUGUCACCAUCUAUGAGAAAAUUCUUGUUCCAACGUUAAGGAAAGUUAGAGGCAAUGAAAGAGGCAUUAAUAUCCUACAGAGAAUUGGUAUUGGCCUGGCAUUAUCAGUUUUAGCAAUGUCUGUUGCUGCCUUAGUUGAAAUGAAGAGGCUAAAAGCUGUUGAUAAUGAAUUAAUUCGGAAAGGGAAAACUGGGCCUUUGUCUCUGAGUGUUUUCUGGCUAGCUCCACAAACCAUAAUUCUUGGCAUUGGAGAUGGGUUUGCAUUGGUUGGGUUGCAAGAGUAUUUCUAUGACCAAGUUCCAGACUCAAUGAGAAGCUUAGGAAUUGCUUUCUAUCUAAGUGUGCUUGGUGCUGGAAGCUUCUUAAGUAGCUUUCUGAUUACUGUUGUGGAUCAUGUCACUGAAAAGGGUGGGAGAAGUUGGUUUGCAAAGGAUGUGAACUCCUGCCGUCUGGAUAAUUUCUAUUGGUUAUUGGCAGCAAUGAGUGGGUUGAAUUUGUGUAUUUAUGUGGUUUUGGCUAUGAAGUAUACUUACAAAAAUGUGCAGCGAAGGGUGAUUGUGACUGAUGGUAGUGACUAGUAUGAGGGUGAUGGGGUAGAGUUGUUGGCUUGAAAUGUGAUGGAAAAUUGUGAAAAAUGCAUCUUAAGUUGCUUGCUUGUUAAAAUCAUUGUGUUAAAAUUGGACAGUUUUUUUCCUUGUACAAGUUUAUCAAUUUCAUUGAAGCUUUUUCUCGUUAA